GCCAAGAGCGCAGGCAGUAAGGCAAGAUGGCGGCAACCAAGAGGAAACGGCGUGGAGGCUUGGCAGUGCAGGCGAAGAAGCCAAAAAGAAACGAAAAAGAUGCCGCGCCGCCAACUAAGCGGCACACCACCGCAGAGGAGGUGGAGGAAGAAGAGAGGGACCGGAUCCCAGGCCCCGUUUGCAAGGGCAAGUGGAAAAAUAAGGAACGGAUUCUCAUCUUUUCUUCCAGAGGAAUAAAUUUCAGGACAAGACAUUUAAUGCAGGACUUGAGAAUGUUGAUGCCUCAUUCUAAAGCAGAUACUAAAAUGGAUCGUAAGGAUAAGCUAUUUGUGAUUAACGAGGUUUGUGAAAUGAAGAACUGUAAUAAAUGCAUCUAUUUUGAAGCUAAGAAAAAACAAGAUCUCUAUAUGUGGCUUUCAAAUUCACCUCAUGGACCGUCUGCUAAAUUCCUUGUUCAAAAUAUUCAUACCCUUGCUGAACUAAAGAUGACUGGAAACUGUUUGAAAGGUUCUCGGCCCCUUUUGUCUUUUGACCCUGCUUUUGAUGAAUUACCACAUUAUGCUUUGUUAAAAGAACUCUUAAUUCAGAUCUUUAGUACACCACGGUAUCAUCCCAAAAGCCAACCAUUCGUGGACCAUGUGUUUACUUUCACCAUUUUGGAUAAUAGGAUAUGGUUUCGGAACUUUCAGAUCAUAGAAGAAGAUGCUGCUCUUGUAGAAAUAGGACCUCGUUUUGUCUUAAAUCUCAUAAAGAUUUUCCAGGGAAGUUUUGGAGGACCAACUUUAUAUGAAAAUCCUCACUACCAGUCACCAAACAUGCAUCGGCGUGUCAUAAGAUCCAUCACAGCUGCAAAAUACAGAGAGAAACAGCAAGUGAAAGAUGUGCAAAAACUGAGAAAGAAAGAGCCGAAGACUCUUCUUCCACAUGAUCCCACUGCAGAUGUUUUUGUAAUGCCAGCUGAGGAGAAACCAAUAGAAAUACAGUGGGUAAAACCAGAGCCAAAAGUUGAUUUGAAAGCAAGAAAGAAACGGAUUUACAAAAGGCAAAGAAAAAUGAAACAGAGGAUGGACAGUGGGAAAAAAAAAUAAGUCAAUGGAAACCUGAUUUGUUUUUCAGUUACUUUAUAUUUAUUUUGUAUUCAGUGUGUAAAUACUUUUAUUAUCUGAUACUAUCUUAUGUCUAAUUAGUGUAGCAUUUAGAAGAAAGAAAAAUUAAGAUCUUAAAAUCAGUGAUUAUCUUUUUCUAAAUAAAAUAUCACCAGA